GAUCAUUCCAGCUCUGCAGUUCACCGAGGAGCCUCUCCUGUGUUUACCUGCUUGUGUGCCUCCUAAGAAGAUACCCUAGCAUAAAGGAAAAUGUCUUGGAGUGAUAUAUUCUACCCUGAAAAUCCUGAAAAAAGGGAGAAGAUUAUCCGCAGAAGUCAAGAGCUUAUUGAUCUGAUGAAAGACAACUUCGAAGCCACCAACAGUCUCAUUGAGAUUGUAAAUAAGCACCUGCAUUCAUCCUUCAGCCCGAUCACCCUGGACGAGAAAGCCACUCUCCAGGAGAACUGUGACGUGAUGAUUGAACGUGUGAAGCAGAUCCAAGCAAAAGUCGAGGAGGCUGACGAGGAGCUGAAGAAGAAGCUGGACCCUGCCUUGUAUGAGAAACUACAACAUAUGUCUCUCAAAGACUUAAAAUAUGUUUCAGCUGCUGUUAAAUCUGCUAUUUCAUCAGUUUGCCAGCUUCCAGCCUUAGCUUUAGUGAUGCAUCUAAAGAAAAUUAUGACAAUUCUGAUAGGCAUAACAUGCACAUGUGCUAUAUAUUCAGUAGGAAUAUUUGCCGCCGUUUUAUUUGGGUUGGCAGUUAAUGCGAUUUUUUCAGCAAUUGUAGGGCAUAUUGAGCAAGGUAAACUCAACACGGCCCUGGAAGAGUACGAGAAGGCUUUGGCAGAAUUCAGGCCAGCAUCUAAAGAAUACCAGAAGGCCAUAAACGAAAUCGGGUUUAUGCUUGAAUUCUUGAAGGAGUGAAUUCGCUUCAACUUUCAUCUGACCUAAAACUUUAGCAAGCAAUAGGUUGCUCUUUUAUCUAUAUUAAUCUUUCCAGUUACAGAAUACUAGUUUCUUUCAGUCUGACGAAAAUAUUUGCUGUAAUUGAAAAUUGCAUGUAAAUAACUUUGAUUUAUGCAUUACACUUAAAAACAUGCAGAAAUACGUGGAAUGAAGAUGGAUGACAUUAUUUGACUUGAAAAAUUCUCAGAAUCUGUUGGAAAUAAAUCACAAUCCCAUGCUUUCAAACAUUGUUUUGUUUAUUAAAGAAGAACAUUUAGAGUGUGUCACAACCACAUGAUUUCUCAUCUUCAGUUCUGGAAAUGUAGAAAUUAAAUCUGAAGCUCCAAUCUCGAGAAAAAAGUGCGCUGGUGCCUCGGGGACUACUUCACUCAGAGAAGCUGUCAAUCAUGACAUCACACUCUCCUUUUUAUAGCAUCAAAUACCUAACUAAAACAUAUCCUUGACUAUUCUGAUUCUGAUUUCAGAGGAAUUUAAAAAAUAUAUAUUUAUAUUAGGUGGCCUUAACUACUAUGUACUUACAUUUAAAUUAAUCAUUUGGUACAAUGCACUUAUUGUGUACAUACAUGUUCUUACAUUGUACUUAUAUUUGUAAAAAUACCUAUAUGUAAUUACAUCUGUAAUUAAUUUCUGUAAUUACAUUUAUAAUUACACUGUUGACCCAUCCCUUACACCUUAACCCACCCUUAAACCUACCCAGACCACCAAACCUGUCCCUAACCUCCCCGUAUCCCCCUCAAUAGCAGCAAAAGUGUUUUGCAAUACAUCCAAAAAUAAAUACAAUGUACUUAUCGUGUUCAUACUGUAAGUAGAUAGUAGCUAAGGCCACCUAAUAUAAACUGUGACCAAAAAUCUUUUUUUAGACGUCUACAAAGGCAUAGACACAGUGGAGCACGCUUUCAUUUUCUGCAAGGCAGAGAACCAUCUGCUAUUAAAACUUUGUCACUUCUAUAGUUUGUAUUGUCUGUGUCUUUUUUGACAGACCAGGUCUAUCAUUUUGACAGAAGUAUUCAUCAUGAAGCUUACGCUGGUGCAGUACCUGAGAGAAAACGUAUUCACAGUAAAUUAUCAAAUGCUCAGCUGUAAGAAUUUUAUUUUAUUUUUUAAAGCUUGUUGUUUUGUAGAACAAAACAGUUACAUAUGAUAUGAAAAUAGUAAGCCCUGUAGAUAGAGAGUAAGUGUUAUUUAAGAAAAAUCUAUUUUCAGAAUGCCAUUUUUUCUGUGGGGUAAAACUCGCCGGGGGGCAUGGCUUAAUUACUGUAGUGUCUCUGUUCUGAACAUCAAAUCCUUUGUUUUUACAUCAAAUAUAUUCAAACCAGUUGGUUGAGUAAAAACAUUAUGACUUUAUAUUUAAAAAUGAUUAUAUUAUUUUUCAUUUUAAGCUAAAACUGCCUGUACUCUGAUUUUGCUGUAAAUGUAUAAAGCAAAUUGCUUUGUCAGACGGGGGGGAAUUUUAGCCCACCUCAUAGUGUCUCAUGUGGGUGUUGUCAUUUGAUCGUAAAUGAAAAUGUAAAUCCAAAUGAAAUCAUGUCAACUUAUGGGAGCAGAAGACGAAAGCUGCUUUUUGUUUCACUUACAGACUGGAUCGUGCUGGUCAGGGAAAUCUGACCAAUCAGAGACGCUGCUCCUGGUGAUGUUGAGCAACAUCACAUCACCUCACCGCAUCACGCUGGGAGACGCUUUCUGGAUCAUUCCAGCUCUGCAGUUCACCGAGGAGCCUCUCCUGUGUUUACCUGCUUGUGUGCCUCCUGAGAAGAUACCCUCAUAUAAAAGGAAGAUGUCUUGGAGUGAUACCGUCGAAGUGAUGACUGCAAAAGCCUCCGGGAUAUGGUCUUUUAUCACCACAGACAAGAAUGAACAACUGAUAAGAUCUACUCAGACGCUCCAUCACUAUGUGAACAGAUACUUCACAAUCACCAACACACUGCUGAACAUAAUCAAUACUCACUUUGGAGAAAGCUACUCCAGUGUCUCUGCAGAUGAAAGCAAAAGUAUUAAAGACAACUGUACCAUAGUAAGAGAUGCUAUGAGCAUGAUUCUUGAAGUUUCUAAAAGAAAGGAAAAGCAAAUCCUUAAGAUCAUUGAUCCUGGUGUUUAUGAUAAGAUUGCCUUCGCUGGGGUGUCACUGAAAGACAAGGCUGCAGUGAUAAGAGACUUCCAUGCAGACAAACUGGGAGUCUUUGGAAAUAUCUUUCUUCCACUGCCGCUAUUCAGCUGGCAAAAGUGA